AUGUUACCGUUUAGACCUUUAAGUCAGUUUGUUUUUCAGUUUUUGAUCAUAACAUCAACAGCAUUGGGUAAAGCAUUUAUACAAGCUUAUAGAGAAAUAAUAAAAAAUAAACACAAUACACAUUUUAUAAAAGAAAAAUACAACCCUUGUAUGAAUAUAGAAGAAGCUUUAAAUAUAUUAAACGUCGAUAAAACAAAAAUAUAUAAAAAUUUAAAUAAAGAAGAAUUAAUGUCUUUAAAAGAUGAAAUAACAAAUAGACACUUGAUUUUAAAUAAAUUAAAUGAGAAAAAUGGUCCAUAUAAUGGUUCUGCCUAUAUACAAAAAAAGGCCAGAAUUGCAAAGGAUAUAUUGUUUCAGCAUUUAAAAUUACAAUAA